AUGACAACUGCUGCUACUGCUGCUACUGCUGCUACUGCUGCUACUGCUGCUACUCUAAAGGCAUCCUCUGCAGACUUGGCGGAAGGCGCCUCCGACUUGUACUUUCGGACACCGUUGAUUUAUAGUCAGCCAAUCUCAGCGUUGGUGGGCAAACCGGUGUAUUGCAAAAUGGAUGCCCUCCAAGCAUCCGGAUCCUUCAAAGACCGAGGCAUGGCCCAUCUGUGUGCCACGUUUGCCAAAGAAGGCGUCACCAAAGUGAUCUCCAGUAGUGGUGGAAAUGCCGGUUUGGCCGUCACUACGGUCGGUGCCAAAUUGGGCAUGGAGGUCUCGGUCAUUGUUCCCCAAACCACCAAGGCAGUGGUCAUUGCCAAGUUGGAAUCCUUAGGAGCCGAUGUCACGGUUCAUGGUAAGAAUUGGAACGAAGCGGAUACCUUGGCACGGGAACUAGUCGCAAAAACUCCUGGUACCAAGUAUGUCUCGCCCUAUGACGAUCCAUUGUUGUGGACCGGGCAUUCCACCUUGGUGGAUGAAAUUGUACAAGAUUUGCCAGCACAAGGAGGAGUGCCUGGAGCUGUGGUGGUCAGCGUCGGUGGUGGUGGAUUAUUGUGCGGAGUAUUGGAGGGUUGCCAACGGCAUUCCAUAUCUCCAAAGGUCAUUGCGGCAGAAACCAAGGGUGCCUCUAGUUUUGGACAAGCCUGGGAAGCGGGCAAACCUGUUACUUUGCCAGGAAUUGAUACGAUUGCUACGAGUUUGGGUGCCACCAGUGUGACUCCAGUGGUCAUUGAACGUGCCAAGGCCCACAGUGGCGCCUUUUGUUCCAGCAUUUGCUCGGACGAGGAAGCCGUGGAUGCCUGUCUCAAGUUUAGUCAAGAUCAUCGGAUUCUAGUCGAACCGGCCAAUGGUGCGGCGUUGGCAGUGGCGUAUUCGGAACGAUUGCGAGAACAAUAUCUAACAGAUGUCGAGGGACCAAUUGUCUUGGAGGUUUGCGGUGGAUCUGGUGUCAAUCUAGAUCUAUUGAUGGGGUGGAAGAAGGAUUAUUCUCUAUGA